CCUUUAUCUUUCUUUUUUUUGACAGAAAGCAAGUGUGAAGAUAUGUGGACGAAAGAAUACACUCGAAGGGGUUAGCGUUAUCUGAAAACUGUAGAGCUGUUGUUUAUAAGGUAAUUUAUUAUCUUAAUAAUAGCUCGCUUCGGUUUAACUUCCGUUUCCUGGCUUCAGCAGUGGGAGACGUUUCAUUCAAAGAAAGUAGCUGUUGUUUGUAGAUGACAGACUGUGGGUCUUUUCCUGUUCGCGUUAAUGUUGCCAAAUAUGGCUCACAACAAAGAGCACGAAGCCGAGCCUCGAGUCUACGGUUACAUUAGAACAGCUUCGGUGGUACUGACUCAUAUUAUCUGUGUCACCUUCACCGUAGUCAUCGCGGUUCUCUGUAGACCGGGUAAAAGUUGGUUUUCUUGGCAUCCUUUCUGCAUGACACUGGCUUUUUCCUUCUUCAUGACGGAGGCCAUCCUCCUCUUUUCCCCCCACGGCUCCCUCGGCAGAUGGUUUUCGCACAAGACCAAAGUUCGCAUUCACUGGAUCCUGCAGUACCUGAGUGUAUCCUGUGCCCUCUGCGGACUCGCAGCCAUCAUCAAAAACAAAGAGCUGAGUGGUAAACCCCACUUCACCUCGUGGCACGGCCUGCUGGGCCUGAUCACGGUGUGUGUGGCGGUAGUGCAGGCCGUGGCAGCUAUACCCUUAAUCUACCACUCUCUAGUCAAAGGCUGGUCUCUGGCCAAACUCAAACGCUACCAUGCAGCAUCCGGACUUGUCACCUACCUGCUCGGCAGCAUCACCUUGCUCCUCGGCCUCUCCUCUGAAUGGUUCAGUGCGGCUUUUAGGGAGUCCAUUUGGUUCCUGAUAGCGUUCUGCCCAAUAGCUGCGGCUCUGGACAUAAUGAACCAAGUGAGCAGAGCUUACAUGGUGAAAAAACGCUUACAAUCGUGACAAAGGCCACAGUUGUAGAAAUACUCCAAAUACGUCAGACGUUUUCAGAACAGACUUGUAGUGUUUUUUGUUUUGUUUUUUGUUGUUGUUGCAGUCAUAUGUAAUACCUGUAAAUCUGACAUAUAUAUUGUAGACAUGCAUGUUUAUACCAGAAUGUAAUGCAUUUGAUUCCCAACCACUGAGUGACAGAGCUUUGCUUCGAUCCUUUUAAGCAUAUCAACUUUGGCCCCACCGACCAUAUAACUGUUAAGGAUGAAAGUUAACCUUUUUUCUGUUCUUUUUUUUAUGCUGCACACAAAGAAUUAAUGUUUCCUCAAUUGUACUUGACUAGUUAAUAACUAAUUUUGGCACGUUAAUAAGAUCAAAUAUAAGCAGAAAACUCCAAACUAAUAAUUAAAAAAAAAAAAAAAACGUAUAGACCUACAAGUUGGAAACGGGCAUUAACACAGUGAACUAGGUGGACAU